AUGGUCGCAGAGAAUCAAAUGGCAGGUCAAACAGAGCAGCAGGAGCAUCAGGAGCAGCAGCAACAUCCCAGUCCUGCGUCUAGUCAGGACCGAUCCAAACUUGGAAGCAAUAAUCAGUCGCAGUCGACACCUUCCUCGUCUACGGUGCCUAACGCAGGUAUUGCAAGCUUUAGAAGGCAACGCGCAUCCCGCGCAUGCGAGGUCCGAUGCGACGCUGCUAGCUUAGGUGUGCCUUGCACUAAUUGCGUGGCUUUCGCUAUCGAAUGUCGUAUUCCAACUCCGAAAAGGAAGAAGAAUCAACAGCCGAGAAACAAGGAUAAUAACGGUGACACCAAAAAUCAUGACCAGAGCAAAGACGAUGAUGACGACGAGGAUCCCAACACACCGCGGACGCACGAGAAUCCGGUCUUUUCUGCAAACCCUCCUAUAUCCAUCGAUGGAAUGCCAGCGAACACAUUGGCGACAGCUUCCCAGCCGAAUCCAGAGAAACACAAUCCUGGCCAUUAUAGUGCUCAAAUCAUGAAGCCAAAGUUCACAAGAGCACCAAUCAAAGAACCAGGAAGAGUGGCGUAUCUAGGCGAAUCAUCGAACUUGUCACUUCUUGUUCAUGAUCGAGGUCAUACAGAUGUUGUCCAUUACCCACUCCCAGAAACUAUUCGCGGUAGUCGUGGGCACUUGACCGAACUAGACAGCUUGGAGAUUGAAAUCCUUCAUCGGCGAGGUGCAUUUUUGCUCCCUCCACGGGAUCUCUGUGAUGAACUUGUCGAGGCUUAUUUCAAAUGGGUCGCACCGGUCGUACCAAUCGUGAACCGCAAUCGCUUCAUGCGUCGUUAUCGAGACCCGCAGAAUCCACCUUCGCUGCUUCUGCUGCAGGCCAUUCUCUUGGCGGGAUCCAGAGUCUGUAAUAAUUCCAAAUUGAUGGACCAGAACGGCUCAACGAUACCUGCGUCUACCACAUUUUACAAGCGUGCCAAAGCACUUUACGAUGCCAAUUAUGAGGAUGAUCGUGUUACUCUAGUUCAAGCCUUGGUGCUGAUGGGAUGGUAUUGGGAGGGUCCUGAAGACGUCACAAAGAAUGUGUUCUACUGGAGUCGAGUCGCAAUAUUAGUGGCUCAGGGUUCCGGUAUGCACAGAAGCGUCGAAAACUCCCAACUUAGCAGAUCUGACAAACGGCUGUGGAAACGAAUAUGGUGGACUCUGUUCACAAGAGAUCGUUCUGUAGCAGUUGCCCUUGGAAGACCAAUUAACAUCAACAUCGAUGACUCUGAUGUUGAGAUGCUUACAGAGGACGACUUCAUUGAGGAUGAAGAUGACAUACCGGCCGAAUAUCCACCGGAUCCCAUUCACGUGCAGUUCUUUCUUCAAUAUGUCAAGCUGUGUGAGAUCAUGGGUCUUGUUUUAUCACAACAGUAUUCUGUCGCUUCCAAAUCCCGGCGCACGAAUGCCAUUGAUCUAACACACUCUGACAUGGCGUUGGCCGACUGGCUUCAGAAUUGUCCCAGAGCGGUAUACUGGGAGAGGAAAAAUCAUCACUUCUGGGCCGCGCUGCUCCAUUCAAACUAUUACACAACACUGUGUCUAUUGCAUCGAGCACACAUGCCGCCAGCUACAGCAAGCGCGAAUAGUUAUCGCACCGAGGAGAUAGCGUAUCCGUCACGCACCAUCGCUUUCCAGGCUGCUGGAAUGAUCACGUCUAUAGUUGAAAAGUUACAGUCUCAUAAUGAGAUCCGCUACACUCCCGCAUUCAUCGUCUACAGUCUCUUCUCCGCGUUGAUCAUGCAUGUCUACCAGAUGCGGUCCUCCGUGCCAUCUGUUGUAGCUGCAUGUCAAGAGCGGAUGACUAUCUGCAUGCAAGCAUUGAAAGAUGUAUCGAAGGUCUGGUUAGUUGCAAAGAUGGUGCAUACAUUAUUCGAAUCCAUUCUGGGCAAUAAGGUUUUGGAAGAACGUCUACAAAAGGCGCCAGGUAAACGACACCAAAAGAAUCGACCCUCGGAACACGAGCAGAAUAUUGCUUCCAAUCAUAAGAAGACAGAGCUACCCAAACGGAAGUUCGAUGACAUGGAUCUCGGAUUGCCUAAUGGUAAUCCCACGCCUCCAGUGUCGUAUGAGAGAUCACGCCCACAGACCCCUGCUGCAACGCCUUCGCGAGAACUAAAUUCGAUGACCGGACAACAAGGCGGUAUGGGCUCUCUCCCUCAAAUGUCGCCCAACCUUCUCAAAGGCCAGGAUGGUGCACAAAACACGGGAAUGUCGCGAGCACAAACCCCUUUUAACCCUUCUUACUCUCUCCCAGCCACACCUCCAGAUCUUUUCUUAGUUACCCGUACUUCACCUAAUCUUUCGCCUACCUUGUGGGAAAAUUUCCAGCCAGAUCAGCUAUUCCCUGAUGGCACCAACUUCUUCCCCACGCCGGCAAAUAUGAUGGACCCUCAAAUGCAAUCGACAACCAACACCAUGGGUGGCCAAGGUAACAUGAUGAUGAACCACCACCAGCAGCAGCAGCAGCAGCAGAUGCCAUCUCGGACCUUACCAGGCGCUCAAGGUAGCCCGUCUCUAGUCUCUUCUGGAGGUAUUCAUCCUGAUAUGGGCAAUCUACCCCCUCAGCCGUCCCAGCAGAUGUUUGGAAUGGAAGGAAUGCAGAACUGGGCAGGUCUUGACGCAGCACUCGCCGGAAACCCAGAUUCUACCAGUCAGGAUGAUAACUGGAGUACUAGCUCGCGCGGAAAUCCGACAGCACCGACGACUCUCAAUGUUGAAGACUGGUUCCAAUUCUUUGGUAUUAAUGGAGGCUUUGGGGAUCUUAUAACUGACCCUAUGACUGGCUAAGAACAUCCAGGCUUUUGAAGCUUAUUAUAGUGCGACAUGAUGUACAUAUGGCAGAAUAAUUGUAACACUGUAUAUUGAAAUACUGCUAUUUCUUCUGCUCAUGCAAAAUAUGUCUGAGAAAUUCGUAUGAUGGAAAUACUCUCGUCGGUGUAUCAAGUGUAUGGCAUCAUCUGGUGUGUCGACUAUACUUCCAUAUCAGCCAAUCAGAACUCGUAUAAU